UUCCAGUUGAAGUGUGAGAACAAAUAAAAGCAGAUUUGGGUACGCUACAGUAAAUAGUGUUACCUUACAAUAUGGCGGACGACGAGCAGUUCUCGUUGUGCUGGAACAAUUUUAAUAGCAAUUUGUCAGCGGGUUUCCAUGAAUCGCUGUGCCGUGGUGAUCUGGUGGAUGUGACGCUGGCGGCAGAGGGGCAGUUUGUCAAGGCUCAUCGUCUUGUUUUGUCCGUCUGUUCGCCCUAUUUUCGCAAGAUGUUCACUCAAAUGCCAGCCAAUCAACAUGCCUUUGUUUUUCUAAAGGAUGUAAGCCACACGGCUCUAAAAGAUCUCAUCCAAUUUAUGUAUUGUGGAGAGGUGAAUGUAAAGCAGGAGGCACUACCAGCUUUUAUAAGUACAGCAGAGGCUCUACAAAUCAAAGGCUUAACAGAUAGUGAUCCUCCACAAUCUCAAACACCUCCUGAACCCUCAACACCCACGCCGCAAAUUCAGCCCCAACAAAUACAAAAUCCGGCACGGGUGCGGCAACGUACUUCAACGGCCCGAUCAUAUAAAAUAGAAACAGUUGACGAUUCCGGCGACGAUUCAAAACAAACGACACAAAUAGUCAUUCAAACAACAGCGCCAAACCACCCACCACAGGCAACAAUAACGACGCAGGCACCCCAGCAACAACAUCAUCACCACCAUCAGCAGCAACAGCCUCCCCAACAACAGCAUAUUCAACAGCAGCCAAUGCAAACGCAAACUCACCAAUUGACCAGCGUUAGCUUACCAACGGCCACGACUACAACAACAGCCGUAGUAGCACAUAAACGACCCGCCCAACGUACAAAUCUUGGUAGUGUGCCGCACAUUAAGAGAACCAAGAGCACAAUCGAUCCUCUAGAGGCUUCAGACGCUAGCGUUGCAACACAACAAAUCAAUGUACAAACCGCUGUGGUGACGUCCGAUGUGACCAAAUCCCAGGCACAACACCACCAUCAGCAGCAACAACAUCAAACACAAUCGCACCACCAUCAUCAACAGCAGUCCCAGCCUCAGCAACAGAGCAAUGAGCCCGAAUACAUUGACUUGCCCAUAGAAUUGCCGACCAAAUCUGAACCGGACUAUGUUGAAGAUGCUGGCGAUGUGGACCAAGGCGAACAAGAUGGUACCUAUGUGGAGGACGAGUCAUACGGUGAUAUGCGUUACGAUGAAAGUUAUUUCACAGAGGGUGAGGACGCUGCUGGUGGACAUGCGGCGACGGGAGGAACAACGAAUACAAGUGCCACGGCUACCACUUCAAAGGCUAUCAUUAAAUCACAACCUCUCUCCGAUUCGUCGUACAUGGAUACAACAGGAGAUCAAGGAAACAGUGAUGCACAAGCGCUUAAAUACCUUUUUGAGGAGAAAAAUGCCACAACAUACAUUCAAUAUUCAACGACACAACGUGGACGUGUUAUGUUAAUUUAUAAUGGCUAUCGGUAUGUCGAAAAUCGCCAGUCACACAAGAACGUAUUUUGGCGUUGUUCCCGUUAUGUAAAAUAUGGAUGUCGAGCUACCGUUGUUACAUCUAAGGUUAACGAUGAUGUUUCUAUUCGUGUAGCUGGUUCUCCACACACUCACGAACCCGAAAUGAAAGCCGAUAGCUUGGUGGAAAUUUCACCGGAUUUCCUUGAAGAUACCAAAGUGGGUUAUAUGAGGUCAAUGGUUGGCCUUUUGGGCGAUAUAAAGUAAA